UGUAAAGAUGAGACCUUCAAAGAUGGUCACGCUGGGUUUGGUAGUUCUGCUUCUCUGGGAAUGCGUUAAUGUGCUAGAGGUGACACAGUCUUCAGCCAUACUUCCGGACAGUCAUCUCAAGUCCGUCGCUGUUGGAGACACAGUGACUCUGCACUGCUUCAACAAAGACGUUAUGACAAUGCAUUUGUCUUGGUACCGGCAAACCCUAGGACAUAAACCACAGCUGGUAUCUACAAUGUAUAAGUAUGAACAAAAAGCUAGACUACACAAUGAGUUUAAGGACGAUCCUCGCUUCUCUGUGCAAUGUGAUAAAGGAACAAAUCACCUGACAAUCUCAGAUGUCCAACCUUCAGAUUCAGCUAUGUACUUCUGUUCUAAAACAUACGUAAAUACACUGGAAUUUUCUGAUGGUGUCUUCCUCAAUGUAAAAGGUCCAGAUUCCAAUACCAAAGUUGUCCAGCAGCCAGUGUCUGAGUCCAUCCAGCCAGGAGUCUCUGUAACUCUGAAUUGUACAAUACCCAGUGAAACCUGUGCAGGAGAACGUAGUGUAUAUUGGUUCAGACAUGGCUCAGGAGAAUCCUAUCCAGGAAUCCUUUACACCCAUGGAGGCGGAAGUGAUCAGUGUGAGAAGAGCCCUGAGGCUGGGUCUCCUACACAGAGCUGUGUCUACAACCUCCCCAAGAGGAACCUCAGCCUAUCUGAUGCUGGGACUUACUACUGUGCUGUGGUUUCAUGUGGGGAGAUACUGUUUGGAAAUGGGACCAUGCUGACCAUUGAAGAGAGCAUCCCAAAUCUGCUUCUCCUUGUGUACUUCUUGGGUGCAGCAUUAGGAAUCUUGUUCAUCCUGAUAGUCGUGUUGACCUGCUUUGUGUUUAAAAUAAACAGGAAACAAUGUCCUCACUGCAGAGUUUCUGGAUCAGUCUCUCAGACAACACGUUCAAUCUCUCCUGAAUACAGAGAGGGCCAAGAUGCAGAAAACCUCCAUUACGCUGCUCUGAAUCUGAAGAAGAAAACCAAACCCAGAAGAGAGAGAGAUAACGUGGAGAGAGACACAGUCUACUCUGGUUUAAAUACAGAGUUAACUGACAUUGAAAUGAUUCUGUUUGGGCUCAUCUUUUUGUUUUACAUUAAAUCAGUUUGUACAUUGAACGAGGACGUCUUUGUGCAACCAGAUCAUGUCAUGGUGGUCUCGAAGGGAGACAAUGUGAAUCUCACUUGCCUCUGUACAUAUCAUGAGGCUGUUCUUUGGUUUAAGCAGAUUAUUGGAUGGAAGCCGGUUCUCAUCGUUACAUCAUAUCCACAUUCCUUUAUAUUAAACAACAAAGAUCAGACGCUUGAUACUAAACGCCUUCAUGUGAUAAGAGGAGCUAAUAGUUGUAAUCUGACCAUCACCCAGACUCAGCUAGAGGAUUCAGCCACUUACUACUGUGCAUCUCAAUCCAUUGGCAUUACAUUUGGAGAUGGAACUCUUCUCAUUGUUAAAGAAUUUGAACCAAAAAACAGAACUAUUGUGCAGCACUCGGUGUCUGAGUCACAUAAACCAGGAGACUCUGUAAUUCUGAACUGUACAAUACACACUGAGACCUGUUCUGGAGAACACAGUGUCUAUUGGUUCAAACGUGGCUCAGGAGAAUCCCAUCCAGGAAUCCUUUACACCCAUGGAAGCAGGAAUGAUCAGUGUGAGAAGAGCCCUGAGGCUGGGUCUCCUACACAGAGCUGUGUCUACAACCUCCCCAAGAGGAACCUCAGCCUGUCAGAUUCUGGGACUUACUACUGUGCUGUGGCCUCAUGUGGGGAGAUACUGUUUGGGAAUGGGACCAUUCUGGAUAUUCAAGAUGGUCAGAAUCGUCUUGUUUUCCUCAUUCUCUUUUGCCUGACAACUGUAUUGAUUCUGAGUGUGACUGUCAACAUUAUCUUCUGUUGGAAAGUGAAGAGGACAAGUUGUGACCUCUCUUCAGCGAGGCUCGGUGCUUCCUCACAGCAAACUGGCAGUUCUCAUGUCAAUACAUCAGAAGAACAGGUCAAGGAUGACAGAAAACAGUACUACGCAGCUUUGAAUGUUUCUGAUACGAAGACCACUAAAUCUGGGACAAAGAGAAGGGAACUGAAAGAUGAAACCAUCUACUCUGGAGUGAGAUAUGAUGGGAACCAGUGAGAAACAAUUGGUUUAACUCUCUUUUAUGGCCCACUUCUGUUUUUACAUUUUCCUUGGAAGAAACAAAACCAAUGCAAAUCAGAGUUUAGGUCUAAAAUCUCAAGGCGGCCCAUAGUAAUCCGAGAUGUGUAGCUUUAAUCACAUCGUAUGUAAUCACCAUAUGCAGCUCUUUAAGCCACCAGGGUGCACAGACAUGCAUUGUUACUAUGUUGUUGGUGCUUCUAAUAUUAUCGCUUGCCCCUAUGACCCCACCCAUUCUGUACUCUACUGUACUCUGCCAAACUUCUUGGCAUGACUCUUAUAAAGCUUCCUGCGUUUGUUGUUGGUUCAGUGUAUGUACCCCUUGGACAGGGAGUGGAUCCAUCUCCUUGGGCAGAGCUACAAGGCAAAGACAAAAUGUUUUGCCAUUUUUGUUGAAUAAAUGGU